GAUUCUUGAGGGGCAGCUGAAUCAAGAAACUUGAUCUCUUUCUGAAGAAACACCCCCUCUUCUUUGUGUGUGAGUUAAAGCCGAAAAUAUCUCAAAAUAUCCUGGAAAAUGAAAACAUCAUUUUUUUUGACAUUUGGUUUGUGCUUGGAGACAGUCAGUUCAUGAUCUUCAACAGGACACUUUCCACAAAGUCAUGAACACAGACAGUUCCUGUACAAAGAGCCCUGGUGAUAUUUUGAAACCAGAGAAGAUGUCCAAGUCAUUCAAGGAUAUUUCCAAAUACUUCUCUGAGGAAGAAUGGGCAAAGCUGACCAAAUGGCAGAAAAGUGCCUACAUAUUUAUGAAAAGAAACUACAUCAGAAUGACAGACCUAGGUGUCAUGGUCAACCAACCAGUAUUCAUGCGUGGAAAGGAUCAGAUCACAGAAUCCUUAAUGAAGGAAUCUGAUGAAGGUUGUGGCCAUGAAAAUGAAGGUGAACACUCUAAGCAGAUAUUUGACAUGGAGCAUACUAAAGGCCUGAAGGACCCAAGUGGAGUCAUGAGAGUGCCAGAAAACAAAGAUUUCAGAAAAUAAAACAUAUCCUAAUGUUUGAUGUAUGCAGUGUUAAUGAAGAAAAUCACUACCAUGGAAAAGCUUGUGAGAAGAAUUUGAUGAUCAUUCAGAAUCACGGAAACAACUCUGGUAUCCUAAAUAUCAAAUGAAAGGAAAAUUUCCCACAGUGAA